AUGAGUGACCGUCCAGACCGUCCGCCGGUAUGGGUUAGGGGUGGAACGCCGUACUUCUACCAUCCUCGCCGGUCCUCUAUGCCAUCGGAGGCAGCUAACGAAGAGCUGCGAAGGGCAUCUACCAGCUCCAGCAUCCCAGCCAUAUCUGGCAUUGCUCCCGAGAGAUCAGCUUCGUUCUCAUCUACUUCAUCCGCCACGGCCCAAGCAGCUCAGUCUCCGGGCGUGGCAUCAAACCUCUUCCCAUUUGCGACGAAGGAACGUUCAGCUUCUGUCUCGUCUGAAUCUGAAUCUAGUCCUGGACAGCAGGGUGCGUCGAAGCGAACUAAUUCGCACUCUGACCAGCCAUAUGCAGGCUUGAUGACGCAGAAGCGUCUAUCCGGUGAUCCGCUCUAUGUCAAUAGGAGACAGAGCUGGAGGGAGCAAGCCGUUGGUUCCGGGCCGGAGGAUAGAAGGUUCCUCGGAAGGUGGUGGGAUAACUUCGUCAAGGGAGAGAAGGCUGUUCCCAAGAACAAGUGA